AUGGCCACGAAUGACAUCUACGACCUGGUCUCUGCUUAUACUUCGGGAUCGAUGGCAUCAGUCGACCCCGGCGAAUUAUUCAACGUAACGAAGAGGUUCCAGGCCUUAGAAUUACCAAUCUCGUCCAUGACAGACGCGAGGCUGGCAUACCAAGAAGCUGACUGCGCGAAGCGAUUGCUUCAAUUCACGAACACGCGAGCUUACUUCGAAUGUUGGGCCUCGACAUGUUAUGAGGACAUGUACAACAUCGACACUGAAGUCAAUGAGUUCAAUGCCUUUGGUAUCCGUUUGAUGGAUGAGGAUUUGGUUUUUGAGGCCUUUGGGCGGCAUCUUGCGAACUACAAAUCGCGGCAACUAUUCUUCUUGUUAGACGUUUACAACGCCUUCAUCGGUAUUGCCAACUUGUUUUAUGGAUCAAGCUAUACUGAGUCAUUCUUUUGUGGCCUGCCAAAGGUGGGAUUCGAUCGUGCGCUGCGGUGGUAUAUCUGGGAUGGCGAGAAAGCUGUCAGCAGACUGGAGACAUCAGACCAUAUCUGCCCCAGCUGGUCUUGGGCAUCUGCCAUGAUUCAAGGAUGUAACUGCGUGAGCAGUGUUGGUUGGAGGCUGUGA